UUGUUGUUGUUGUAUUUUGCGUUUAUUUGGCCUGAGGAGCAAGGCCUCAUAUCGCCAUUUCGCUUUUUUUUGUCAUUUGACGGCUGUCAUCUGUGUAACGUUGGAUCGUUACACACGUAACUUAGCCAUUUUUAGGAAUUUCAGAAUCUCUUUCAGCCUUUGUUUGUUAAAAUUUUUUGUUUGGUUCUUCACUAUUUCACUUAUUUUUUGGAAGUUUUCCCAGUCGAAGUGAUUCCUCAAGUGGUUAAAUUUCACACAGUCUAGCAGAGCAUGUUCUCCAACCAGUACUCUGAAAAGUCAUGGCCAGCAAGAACUCUAUUCAGCAAACGGAUCUCUUCCCCGUCCAGUUCGGCGUACCAGAACCACGGUUUGAUUGGAAAUUCGGUGCACAAAUCGAAAAAUUUCUUCCCUUUGUUGCCGUUUAAUGCCAUUUCUUGAUACCAUUGGUUCGUUGCGGUUCCCAGUUCCUGUUUAUAGCUUCUAAUAGCGUCGAUCCAAAGCAAUUUGUUUAGAACAAUUGCAUCCGAAUUAACUCCUGUCUUGGCCAGGCAAUCGGCUUCUUCGUUCCCUGCAACACCGAUGUGUCCCGGUAUCCAUUGAAGUAUGGAUUUAGUAAGCUGCAAAUUGCGACAUAUUUCGCCUGUCAGUUGAUCCCAGCUUUUUUCUAUUUGGCAAGAAAGAAGCAGUUGGCAUGCUGCUUGUGAAUCUGUAAGUAUUACAUUCCUUUCGGUUUCUAAACUUGCGAUUUCUUUCAGGGCUAUUUGAAUUGCGAUUAAUUCUGCUGUCAUGAUACAAACUGGUUGGUCGAGUCGUAAGCUGAUCUUCGUUUCGGAAUCUCUCAUAUACACGCCUACACCGCAGCCCUCCGUAGUUUUAGAGGCGUCCGUGUAAAUUUGCGUACAAUGUCGGUAUUCGUUAUUUAAGUGGUCCAAUGUUAUUUGUCGCAUCGUGGAUGUGUUCAUUUUCUUUUUAUUGAUCGGAACUCCGUCUAUGAAUGGUCGCACGUCUAUGUCUGUUGAAUUUAUCAUUUCAUAGUUUUCGUAAACAUUUUUGACUCUUUGCGAAUUAGUCAAAUAGACUUUUUCCAUGAACGUAUGUACUUUAGAGUUUUGGACAUUCUCAUGUUCUUCAAGUGCAUUUAGUUGUUCGGCAAUAGCGUCCUUUUUUUUGAAGUGUUGAGUAAUUUUUUUCAAAGCGUAGUAGUACCGUUUUAGGGUUAGAGGCUCCUCGUUCGCCAAUGCUGCAAGGGUGUUAAUUGGAGUGGUCUUGGUGCAUCCAGUAGCUAUUCGUUGGCAUUGCCUACUGGCUACUGCUAACAUUUCCUGGUAGGUCUUUGGAGUGUCUCCGUAAAUCGCGCUUCCGUAAGAUAAGUAGCUCCCGUACAGUGCUUUAUGAAAGAGAAUCAUCACUCUGGGUGUUGCUCCCUUUUUUAUGCUUCCUACAAUUUUCAGCAUGUUUUGUCGAUCUUUUAUUUUGGACUUUAAUUCUUUUAUGUGUGCGACAAAAUUGAGUUUUUUGUCAAGGAAAACACCCAGAUAUUUAUAGUUUCUCACAUUUUCAAUAGGUGAUCCCAUGACGGUUAGUCCUAGAUCUACAUUUUUCUGGAUGAACACCAUAGCCUUGGUUUUGCUUGGGUUCAGCUGAAGAUUAAGCUCUAUACUGUAAUUAGCAAAACGGUUGAUGGCACGUUGCGCUUUGUCUAUGGCUUCUUUUAAAGUUUUUCCCUGAACAAUCUUGAUGAAGUCAUCAGCAAACUGUACAGUGACUAUCUUUUCUUCUUCUGGAUCUGUGCUGUGAAGUUUUGUCGUGUAGAGAUUAAACAGUGUCGGGGACUAUGGUGAUUACUUGUGAUCACGUCAGCAUGAUCAUCAGAAUUGUAAUAUUUUAAAAAAUUCCGGAAAUACCACAUCUGGCGACGAGUGAAAAGAAGAAUAAUUUUAGUAUCCAAGGAUUAUAAGAAUUCAUUUUAUUACAUCCUUCAAAUGGAAGCUUGGAAUAUCUGUCCUUUUAAAUUCAAUCAUCUACAUACAACAUAAAUUCGGACAGAAUGGCAUAAAUGGCGACGUAAUUUCGAAGUGAUUGUAGCAGCUGCAGGAGAGAAAAAUGCAACCAGGUUGAGAAAUAUUUUACUAGCCAAAGGAGGUGUUGAACUCCAGGAUGUGUUUUAUUCACUUGAUGGUGCAAAUGUUGCUGAGGAUAAAGCGCAUAAUGUAGACCCUUUUAAGGUAACUGUUGAUAAGUUUAUUUUUUUUUUAAUUCCAUAUACUCACAUAAUAUGGUAAAACUUUAGGUAGCUAUUGCAAAACUCGAUGAGUUUUUCUCACCAAAACAUCAUGAAUCCUAUGAACGAAACGAAUUUUGUAAACUGUUUCUUCAAACGGGACAAGAUGGUGAAAAAGAGUCACUAUCAAAAUUCCUUACUCGUUGUUUGGAACAAGCGAAUAAAUGUAAUUUUGGUAAAUCGGAAGUGGAAAGUCGUGAGUUAAGGAUAAUUGACAAAGUUAUUCAGCAUUCUUCACCGGAAAUGCGAGAAAAAUUACUUCAAGAAGAAAAUUUAUCCUUAGCUCAACUUACAAGGAUAGUCAGAUCGACAGAAUCGAUUAAAUUUCAAGCUCUUACAAUUAAUGAAAUUUCCGGACCCAAUGUUUUCCAAGUUAAUUCCAAUGUGAAUAGAAUUCUAGAUCAAAGAAAUAUUUUAAAUAAUGCAUGUUACCGGUGUGGAGACAAAAAUCAUUUUGCCAACGAUCCAUUAUGUCCAGCUAGAGGGUUUAAGUGUCCAAAGUGUUCUAAAAUGGGACAUUAUCCUCAGUGCUGUAAGUCUACUGGGAAACAGGUGACUAACAAGCGUCAACAUUCGGCUAAUUUUUUUCAACAACAGAAUAAGAAAUUUAAAUCACACAACGUACGGUUGAUAGAAUCAACGGAGAACAAUGUUAAUCAAGAACAACAGAGUUUCAUUUAUCAAAUUGGAGAUGGUGACGAAAUGAUGUGGUUGAAAAUUGGUGGUGUGCUCAUCCAAAUGCUAGUAGAUUCUGGUAGUUCCAAAAAUAUCAUCGAUUUCACCACCUGGGAAUACAUGAAGCAACAAGGAGUUAAAGUUCGUCAGCCUGAGCGUCUACCUAACACCACUCUUCGUGGUUAUGGUACUUUAUCAAAACCUCUACAAAUAUCAACAGUGUUUGAAGCAGUUAUAUCUGUUGAUGGUUUACCCCAAUCGGAGCAAGUCGCUACAUUCUUUGUCGUUGUUGAUGGAGCACAGCCUCUACUUGGCAAAGAGACUGCCAAAUUACUUGGUGUGUUGACAAUUGGAUUGCCCCAAUCAGUUAACUCUGUUGUUUCAUUUGAAAAACGUCCAUUUCCAAAAAUGAAAAAUGUUCUACUACGCAUACCUGUAAAUUCGAAUGUAAACCCUGUAGCACAACGUGUUCGUAGACCACCUGUUGCUCUGCUGUCUAGAAUUGAAGAAAAGAUUGCUCAAUUGUUGGCCAACGACAUCAUAGAACCAGUUGAAGGUGGAGCUACAUGGGUAUCUCCGUUAGUUACCAUUCUCAAGGACAAUGGUGAUUUACGUUUAUGUGUUGACAUGAGACGCGCCAAUCAAGCUAUUAUAAGAGAACAUUACAUGAUGCCGACGUUUGAAGAUUUUUUGCCACGCCUGAAGUCUGCUAAUUUUUUUAGUCGUCUAGACAUAAAAGACGCUUUUCAUCAGAUUGAAUUAGAAGAGUCCUCCCGUUAUAUUACAACAUUUAUAAGUCAUAAAGGAUUAUUUCGCUAUAAGCGUUUAAUGUUUGGAAUUUCAUGUGCACCUGAAAUGUUUCAGAAGACUCUCGAACAAAUAUUGAUUGGUUGUGAAAAUGUAAUCAAUUAUAUUGAUGAUAUUUUCGUUUAUGGUGAAACUCAAGAAGAACAUGACCGAAGUUUGUCACAAAUAUUAGCUGUCUUAAAAAGUCGUAAUAUUCUCCUCAAUAAUCAAAAAUGCAUCUUCAAAGUACGCGAGAUAGAAUUUCUAGGACAUAAGAUUUCUGCUGAAGGAGUUCGACCAAUGGAGAACAAAAUAGGCUGUUUGCAAAAAUUUCGCAAACCUAGAACUUCGGAAGAAGUUCGAAGUUUUCUUGGACUUGUAACGUAUAUUGGCAAAUUUAUACCGAAUUUAGCAACUAUAACAGCACCUUUACGAGAACUUAUUUGCAAAAAUAUUAGAUUCAAAUGGGAAGCGAAGCAUGAAGAAAGUUUUCAACAUCUGAAACAAGCUAUUUCAAAUGUCCGAACUCUAUCGUUUUUUGAUAACAAUCUCCGAACUAGAGUAGUCGCCGAUGCGUCUCCAGUUGCUCUAGGAGCUGUUUUAAUUCAGUUUAUUGAUCACACCGAUAAUGAACCUCGAGUCAUUCGCUAUGCAAGCAAAAGUUUAUCUAAAACAGAAAGUCGUUAUUGUCAGACGGAAAAAGAAGCAUUGGCUUUAGUCUGGGCGGUUGAGAAAUUUUCAAUUUAUUUGAUUGGUCGUGAAUUUGAACUUGAAACUGAUCAUAAGCCUUUGGAAAUUAUUUUUGCUCCUACAUCGACACCAUGUGCACGAAUUGAACGUUGGGUUCUACGAUUGCAGUCUUUCCGGUUCGUUGUGAAGUACCGAAAAGGUUCAGGAAACAUAGCAGAUUCUCUUUCACGGUUAGUCGAGCAAGAACCUUCUGGAGAUUUCGAACAAGAUAAUAAAUUUUUGGUGCUCGCUGUCAAAGAGUCCGUUGCUAUUGAUAUUCAAGAACUAGAAGAAGCAACACUUUCCGAUCUGGAGUUAAAGACUGUGAAAGAUUGUUUGCGUACAGGAAUAUGGUCAAGUUCUUUAGUUAAACAUUAUGAACCAUUUGCAAAUGAACUUGGAAUUCUUAGCGAUAUGGUUGUGCGUUGCAACAAACUGGUCGUUCCAAAAAUUUUACGGCAUCGAAUGUUAGAACUGGGACAUGAAGGUCAUCCAGGCGAAUCUGUGAUGAAGAAGCGAUUGCGAGAAAGGGCUUGGUGGCCUAUGAUGGAUAAGGAUAUCAAGAAAUAUGUUCUUGAUUGUGAGGGAUGUAGACUAACUGGACUUCCCAGCAAGCCAAUUCCGAUGGCACGACGAGAGUUACCGUUGAAACCUUGGAUUGAUAUAGCAAUCGAUUUCAUGGGACCUCUUCCAUCGGGAGAAUAUUUAUUGGUUGUGAUAGAUUAUUUCAGUCGAUACAAAGAAGUAGAAAUCAUGAAUCGCAUUACAUCACGUGACACGGUGGAUAAGUUGAACCAAAUUUUCACAAGACUUGGAUAUCCAAGAACGAUAACUCUUGAUAAUGCUAAACAAUUUGUAGGGAAAGAAUUUGAGGAAUUCUGUAAAGUACAUGGAAUAACGCUUAAUCACACAGCACCAUAUUGGCCUCAAGAAAAUGGUCUUGUUGAAAGGCAAAAUCGAUCUUUAUUGAAGAGACUUCAAAUUAGCCAUGCCUUCGGUAGAGAUUGGAAGAAAGAUCUUAAAGAUUAUCUUAUGAUGUACUAUACAACUCCACAUUCGACUACAGGAAAAACACCUACUGAGUUGUGUUAUGGGAGAACAAUUCGUUCAAAAUUGCCAACUAUCGAAGAUUUGGAAACUACACCAACAUCAACUGAUUAUCGUGAUCAAGACCGCAUGAGGAAGCAUAAAGGUAAAGAAACAGAAGACAUUCGUCGUGGAGCUGAGACAUCAAAAAUUCAACAGGGGGAUAAAGUUUUAAUGGAAAAUCUAGUUCCAUCAAAUAAAUUAUCAACUAAGUUUGGGAAAACACAGUUUACCGUUACAGAAAGAGUGGGUCCAAGAGCGGUAGUGGAGGAUGAUUCAGGGAGAUCAUUCGAACGAAAUGUAGCUCAUUUGAAGCGAAUACCUUUAGAACAGGAUUCCAGUUCUGAAAUUGAAGAUCUCGAUGAAGCCACGCUCAUAAAUACACCGAUAACGAUUGACGAUGAAGUAUCAGCAAAUGAACAAGAACCUGCUAUCAAUAAUACAUUAAUAUCAUCAAACGUUGCUGAAGUCCGGGGAAGGUUGUCAGCUAAUCGCGAACGUCGAAAGCCUUCAAGAUUCCUGGAUUAUGUCAUGAAAGUUCAACAAACCUCAAACUUUGCUUAAACUAAACGAGAUAUGGUGAUUACUUGUGAUCACGUCAGCAUGAUCAUCAGAAUUGUAAUAUUUUAAAGUAGGCUUUUCAGUGAAAAUACAUUCUUGGAUUAUACAUCAA